UUAUAUAAAAUUUUCAACCCCCGUUGCGCCUCAGAUACGAUCUUGUGCUAUUAAAAAAAAGUAUAUAGAAGAAUUCUACUACAAAAAUUUAUAUAAUCAAGAUUUUUGUCAGCAAAAUUUUGGCCAUAAAAACUUUUGUAAAAGGUUUUGUACAGCACCAUUAGCACCAUCCAUAAAAACGGAGACUCAAAAUA